CUUUUGCAAUUGAGGAUGGGCGAUUGUGUAUCAAAUGGAAUGGAGAAGCAUGCUGGAGGAAAUUACUUUGCAAGUCAUUUCUUCAUGGGUGGUGAGAAGUUUGAUACGCCACAUCCUGAGGGAUACCUGUUUGGUGAAAAUAUGGACUUGAAUUUCUUGGGAAACCGCCCUGUACAGUUUCCAUAUGUGACGCCAGCUGCUCAUGAGCCUGUGAAGACCUUACGCAGUUUGGUUAAUAUUCGAAAAGACUCUCUUCGCUUGGUCAGGUACAAAGAUGAAGCUGACAGUCUGACGGACGAGAAUGCAAAGCCAAAAGUGCUCUACAGUGUGGAGUUUACCUUUGAUGCUGAUGCGCGUGUUGCAAUAACCAUCUAUUGUCAGGCAACAGAGGAAUUCCAGAGUGGUAUGGCAGUAUAUACAUCAAAGUACCCUUGCAUGCAUUCUGAGACCAUCCAUUAUAAGCGAGGUGUGAGCCAGCAGUUCUCACUUCCUUCUUUUAAGAUUGACUUCUCCGAAUGGAAGGAAGACGAGUUAAACUUUGAUCUAGACAAAGGAGUUUUUCCUUUGGUCAUUCGGGCAGUGGUUGACGAAGUAGAUGAAUACUCUGGGCAUGCCCAUAUUCUAUUGGCUGCAAUGGAAAAACACGUUGAUGGAAGUUUUUCUGUGAAGCCAUUAAAGCAAAAGCAGAUUGUUGACCGAGUCAGCUAUCUGCUACAAGAAAUAUACGGCAUUGAAAAUAAGAAUAAUCAAGAAACAAAGCCUUCUGAUGAUGAGAACAGUGACAACAGCAAUGAGUGUGUUGUAUGCUUGUCUGACCUACGUGAUACCUUAAUCUUACCCUGUAGACAUCUGUGCUUGUGCAGCACCUGUGCAGACACCCUCCGAUACCAGGCUAAUAACUGUCCGAUCUGCAGAUUGCCAUUUCGAGCAUUGUUGCAGAUCCGAGCUGUGAGGAAAAAACCCGGGGCCUUGUCACCAGUUUCAUUUAGUCCUGUCUUAGCACAGACUAUGGACCAUGAUGAUCAUUCUACAUCUGAACAUAUUCCUCCUGGAUUUGAGCCGGUUUCCUUACUGGAAGCUUUAAAUGGACUUCGUUCAAUUUCUCCAUCUAUUCCUUCUGCUCCCCUUUAUGAAGAAAUCAGUUAUUCUGGGAUUGGGGAUGGUUUGUGUACAUCAAGCAGGCAGCUGUCCACAAUGGACAAGAUAAUAGAUAAUUGUCCGCAAAAGCCCAAACUGAGCAAAUCUUCAGAAAGCAGUCUGCGCUCUCCAUCUUCUCCAAUACAAGAGGAGGAUGAAGAAAAGCUUUCAGAAGAUUCCGAUAUUCUGCUGCAGAAGAAUGGACCACAACAGCCCAAUAUGUCUAGUUCACAAGAAGUUUCUGUUUUUCAGAAUACUACAAUUGCAGAAACCCCAGAAAUUGAAGCACAAGAUCAAAUCGAUAGAACGUACUCUGAGGAAAUAGUACAAGAUAGCAACAAUGAGCACAAUAGACAUACUGAGGAAGAUGGGGAUACUCGUCUAGAAAUGACCCUGCCAGGAACCUCAGACUCGACUGAAAGCUUGAAAAGCCAGAGCACUAACAGUUCAUCCCAGCCUCUUCUUGCUGUCUCCAGUACAGUUCACAUAGAGGAUGAGAACCAGAUUGCUUGAAAAUUCAAACCAACAUCAGAAUGACCAAUUGCAUGUGCCAUGUAAGCGCUCCUGUCCAUGUCACAGACUUGUCUCCAUGGCGUAAUUAACUCUUGUUUUGUGACAGUUUGCCAUGUUUCAUGGUGUGCUUGUUUGACAUUUGCUCUAUAUAUUUUUAAAAGAACCAUGCGACUCAUUUGUUUUUCCUUGCCUUUCGAUUGAUUUUCGCAGUUUGACUAAUCUAUUCCAGACCAUGUUCAGACUUCUAAUUUAUAAUAGUUAUUAUUCUAUAAUGUCAUUCAAACCACAUUCUACAGUAAUAGAAAAUACAUUUACUGGCCAGAAACUUUAAAGCUCAUUUCUUUCUACUAUUUACAGGGAAAACCAAGACAGCUCAAGUUUUCAUUUUUAAGAAAGCAGCAUUAACACUUGGUGGUAACUUAACUGAGAAAUUCAAUAAUACAAGGCUAAAGUAUAACAUUGAAGAUAUUUAUUUAUGAUUCCAUUUAAUGUAAAUUGAAGCUGUUUUGGAUUUUUGCAGCGUAGAAACUAACAUUUAAUGCAUGAUUGGUUUAAAUAAAGUUGCAUUUGUAAAACAGCAGCACAACGUCCUGAGUUUGUACUUUGGACGACAUCUACUUUAUCACUUGUGCAGUUUUUUUCUCUUGUGCAAGUCCACUUUUAAAAUUUUAUAUCUUUCCAAACAUGCUGAAAUGUCUGACUUUAAUGUUCCAUAUGUUUCUGUCAACCCUCUUUAACCCAAUGAACUCCUGGAAACUGAACCAUGAAUCUUUCAAACUAUAAGACCAAUGUACUAGGCCAUUGAAGUGCAUUCAGGUGAUUAUUCUCCAUUGUAACCUGAGAAAUAUAUAAUGUUUUCUGACUACUUUAACCACCAUGUACCUUAAACAUUUUUAUUAUAACCUACAGUAUACUUUGAAUGUGUAGCUCAUGUAAUAUCUUAUUUAUCUGUCUGUCAUUGAGAUAUUUAUUGUAAAAAUUUAUACAUGAGUGUGGCAUGGAAUAUUGAAGACUUAUCUAAAUCAAAUGGGCCCAUAUUUUUUUGGAAAUGUUCAGCAGAACUGGUGGCAUCAGUGGAGAGAAGUCAGGGUUAUCGUUUUGGGUGAAGUGACCCUUGCUCAGAACUGCCUCAGGUUCUGAGAAAGGCAUCACUCAACCCGAAACGUUAACUCUGAUUUCUCUUCGGUUGAUGCUGCCAGACCUGUAAGCUUUUCCAGCAAUUUCCGAUUUUUUUUUUUUCUUAUUUACAGCAUCUGCAGUUCUUCUGGUUUUUAUUUAGUUCCAUAAUUUUAUUGGAUUUUUGGGAAAUUAAAUCCCUUCAGUAUGCCAUUGUCUGGGUUUCCUGUUGCACCCAAAACGAACCUUUAAUGGCCUGACAUUUUACAACAUUUUUGAAUCUAAUUUUCAAAAAAAAAUGCAAUUGUUAACUUAAUCAUUGCAGUUUAUUUGACCAUUUUGCUUGAGAUUUUAUGCUAUUGCUGCUGGAUGUCUAGUCUUUAAUUUUUUUUUCCCCUAAAGUAGUUUCUUACUAAUUGUUGCUUGUCCUCCUUUAGAAGGGAUUGUGUCCCUUCUCUAUCCCAUUCUGUUUCACAUUCUUAACAAGUUUUCCAUCAAACUUUUAUGAAGAACAACAUUGAUACAGAAAGUGAAUGGUAAAAAUAUGCAGUUGAAUUAGAGCACAGACAAAUACUUUGUAAUGGCAAAAAUAUUUUAAUGAUCCUUGUUCAGUGUACAUCGCCUGUCUCUUUAUUAUACUACGGUCUGUUCCCAACUCUCUUCAUUGCGAUGAAAGUGAAACAAUCAGCAUAUAUGUAACAUUUAUCCACAUGCAGUGUACACUUUUACUGUAUUCACAUUAUUCUUGAAUAUUUACAAUGUUUGGUAAGAGUGUUCAGGUAAUGGUAAUACAGUAAAUUCAUUCCGUUCCAUCUGCAGACAUGGUGUCUUUACUCUGUGCCUUGUACCUGAUCUUAUGAUGAAAGUAUUUGUAAGAGGGGAAAAAUAAACUUGUCAUUUGAUCCGGUGAUUGUGAUUCAGCAAAAUCUGGAAUUUCAAACUGUUUUGAAUGAAAAUACAAAUUUUCUAUAAGCUGUACUGUAAAUAGAUGCUUAGUUGAAUGUACAGUGAAUUGACACUGAAAUCGCACACAAGAACAGCAUAAAGUGGGUUAUCCUGUAGAAUCAUGUUAAAAUUUGUCUAUUGUAGAUUUUAACUCAUUUCCAUGGAGCUUCAUUACUGCAUUUAUUAAAGAAUGUAUCAUGUGCAUCCUUUUAAAAGAUUGAAGAAGUUCACUGUAAUUUCAUAUAAACGUGAUUUUGCAUUUGUUUGUAGUAUAUUGUGUUGUAAUAAAAUGUAGUAAGCAAUACUAA